AUGUCCAAAAAUAUUCUUGUGCUUGGUGCCGGAAUGGUUUCUGGACCCUGUGUAGAUUAUUUAUUGAGAAACAAUUACAGAGUCACAGUUGUUUCAGCAGUACAGAAUGACUUGGAUCACAUGGCUUCUCUCUGUCCAUCUGCCAGCAUUAUUCUUCUAGAUGUUGCGCAAGAGAGUAGCAGACUUAAGGAUCUUUUCAGCCAGCAUGAUAUAAUCAUCAGCAUUAUUCCUGCUCAUCUCCAUCCUGAAGUGACUCGAUGCUGUAUUGAAUGUAGGAAAAGUCUGGUACUUGCAAGCUAUGAAAAUGAUUAUACCAGAGCUGUCAGUGCUAGUGCUGAAGCUGCAGGCAUCACCAUUUUAAGUGAAGUAGGUUUGGACCCAGGUAUUGAUCAUUUUCUGGCUAUGAAGUGUAUAGACUCAGUCAGAGAACAGGGAGGACAGGUAACUGGCUAUGUAUCACUGUGUGGGGGUCUUCCAGCCCCUGAAUGUUCAAAUGGACCAUUGAGAUACAAGUUUAGUUGGUAUCCCAAAGGCAUGUUUAUCAGUGCGAUGCAUAAGGCAAAGUAUAUCAAAGAUGGGCAAGUUAUUGAAAUACCAGAAGGUCAUAUUUUUGAGAAAGCAGAAGUUGUAGAUGACCUUGUAGAAGGCUUUGAUCUUGAAAACAUCCCAAACAGAAACUCAACGGAAUACACUAAGAUUUACAACAUAGAAUCUGCAAAAACAGUCUACAGGGGAACACUUAGAUACAAGGGGUUUUCCAUUGGAAUGCUAGCACUGAUCAGACUUGGCCUCACAAACAAUGCUGUUACCCCACAACUGUUAGCUGAAUCUCCUGGAAUAUCUUGGAGAGACUUGAUCUGUGUACUGAAUGAGAUUCCAGAUAAUUUAUCUGAAGACAAGAUCAGAUCCUGGCUACAGUGCCGACCUGGACUUACCAAGGCUCAACUAGACACGAUAACUGAACUAGGGCUUAUGGGAACUGAGGAAGUUCCAAAGCUGAGCAACCCCUCUUGA